UUUGUGGCAUCCUUUCCUUUUAUUAUCAUUUCUUUUUUCUUCCGAGACUUUAGUUGAAUUAUUUCCUCUUUUUUUGCCUAAAAAAUUUUCCCAAAUUCCUCUUUCCUCAUGUAUUCUGGUAGAGCAUAGUUUGGUUUUUCUGGAAAUCAUAGAGGAAAAGCUUAGAAAGUUUUCCAUUAUUUGCUUCUGUUAAGCAUUUCUGAAUUCUCAUUACCCUUCUUCUGGCUUGGAAACAAAGAGAAGUAUCUAAAUGCAUCAACAUUAUUUGUGAUUCCUGUAUGAAUCUGGUGAGAUAUAAAGAAGGAUUCUCCUUUGAUUUCCAUGCCAGUUCACGGUUGAGAUAUUCUUAAGGGAGCAAGAGAUGGGAUGUUCACACUCAAAGCUGGAAGAUGAAGAAUCAGUUCAGCUUUGUAAAGAUAGAAAGAAGUUCAUCAAGCAGGCUGUUGAGCAAAGAACUCGAUUCGCGACCGGACACAUGGCCUACAUUGAAUCUCUGAGUAGGGUUUCAGCAGCUCUUCGUGAUUACAUCGAGGGAGACGAGCCUCGCGAGUUCUCAUUAGACUCGGUCAUGAACCCGCCUUUCACACCUGUGAAGAAAACUGGCCCAGGCUUCAUUCCCAUCUCAGCAAAAUCCUUCACACCUUCAUCAACAAUUGAGUUUGGAGUUGGACCAAAUUCCACUUUGAAAGUGAAUUACCUUAGGCCAGGUGGUAAUCCAGCAAUUUCGGUUGAGGAAAGGCCUCAGUCUCCUGAGAUGAUGAGGGUUGAAUCAUAUUCUCCGAUGCGGCAUUAUGGCAUGGAUGGUUUUUUUGCUAUGCAACCCCCACCUGGGAACCCUUCAAUUUUUGCUUACUCUCCCAAUAAUAGGCCUAGUAUCCCUCCCCCUUCACCUCAAACUUCUCAAUGGGACUUCUUUUGGAACCCAUUUUCAUCAUUGGACAACUAUGGUUACCCUACCCGAAGCAGCCUUGAUCAGACCGCUAUGGAUGAUGAGUACAGAGGACUGAGGCAGGUCCGAGAAGAGGAGGGAAUACCAGACUUGGAAGAAGAUGAAACUGAACAAGAAGUUUAUGUUAGGAAAAGAAAAGUAGCAGAAGAAAGAACCAGACCUGAUAUGCAUUCCUCCAAAGAACAAGUCAUUGUUGAAGAUGUUGAUGAGGAUGAGGAUGAGGAUGAUGAUGAUCAUGAUCAUGACGAACAUGAUGUUGAUGAUGACGAUGAUGAUGAUGAUGAUGAGGAAGAGGACGAGGACGAGGACGAGGAUGAGGAAGAGGAGGGAACAAAUACUGAAGCUGAGCAUGAUGCCACAGGUUCGCAGGCCCAUGGUAGUUCUAGUUUUGAAGUAUCAAAAUCUCAAGCUGCUGGUCAUAUUAAGUCCAGACAUCGCGAAAUGGCAAUCGGUAAACAAGAAGCUAAGGAAGAAGCACCAGGUUUUACUGUUUAUGUAAACCGAAGGCCAACAAGCAUGGCGGAAGUUAUCAAUGAUCUUGAAGCUCAAUUCACAACUGUCUGCAAUGCAGCCAAUGAUGUCUCAGCAUUGUUAGAGGCCAAGAAAGCGCAGUACUUAUUGCCACCUAAUGAACUUUCAGCAUCGAAGUUGCUAAACCCGGUAGCUCUGUUCCGGUCAGCUUCUUCACGGUCUACUUCAUCAAGAUUUUUAAUGAAUUGUACUAGCACUAUAGAGGAAGGUUGUGAGGGCACUAAAAAUAUCACAGAGGAACAUUGUAUGGUUUCCGGUAGUCACCAAACCACAUUGGACAGAUUAAAUGCAUGGGAGAAGAAGCUGUAUGAGGAAGUCAAGUCUGGAGAACGUGUCCGAAUUGCAUAUGAGAAAAAAUGCAAGCAGCUAAGGAACCAUGAAGUAAAAGGAGAUGACCCCUCUUCUGCAGAUAAAACAAGAGCAGCCAUUAGGGAUCUAGAUACCAAGAUAACAGUUUCAAUACACUCAGUUGAAGCUAUUUGCAGGAGAAUUGAAACUCUAAGGGAUGAAGAGUUGCAUCCCCAACUUCUUGAAUUGGUGCAAGGGCUGGAAAAGAUGUGGAAAGUAAUGGCAGAAUGUCAUCAGACACAGAAGAGAACCUUAGAUGAAGCUAAGGUUCUUCUAGCUGGCACUCCUUCAAAAUCACAUGCCAGAAAACACUCUUCCAUGUCAAUGACUGAUCCAAAUAGACUCGCACGUUCAGCCUCGAAUCUCGAAUUUGAGUUAAGGAACUGGCGAAACACCUUCGAGUCUUGGAUCACUUCUCAAAGAUCCUAUGCUCAUGCACUAACCGGAUGGCUUCUCCGGUGUGUGAGAUCUGAGUCUAAUGAUGUAUCGAAGCUACCAUGCUCUCCGCAUAGAUCCAGUGGCACCCACCCUUUAUUUGGACUCUGUGUUCAGUGGUCAAGGCACCUAGACGCCAUACAUGAGAAGGCAGUGCUUGAUGGCUUGGAUUUUUUUGCAGCUGGAAUGGGGUCCCUCUAUGCACAUCAAUUGAGACAAGAUUCUAGGCCAAGACAAACCAAUGGGGGCAUGGAAAUGGUGGAGUUUGGUCAGGUGGAAGAGGAGGUAAUGGCACCGGAAAAACUGGCUGAGGUUGCUAUUAAGGUACUUUGUGCUGGAAUGUCUGUUGCUAUGAGCUCAUUGGCAGAGUUUGCUUUUGAUUCUGCUGAGGGAUACAGUGAAGUUAUUAAGCAGUGGGAGAAUGUGAAAUCUCAAAAUACUUCUAGUGAGACAUAGAACAUAGAUGAUGUCUCACAUUUUGUUCACUUAGUUCAUUAGUUUAGGCUUGUUUAGCAACGGGUGUCCCUCAAUGUAAUUAUGUAUUUAACUAAUCAAUAUAGAGGUAGAAUAGCAAGGGGAAUAGCACCCUUUAUUGUUCAAAUGGACUUUUUUUCACUACUAAAUCCUCCAUUUCUGGAAACCACUUUGGUUCCUGCUAAAUGGAUUCAUUUAAUCAGAAGUUUAGAAGAUAGACUACUGCAUUUCAAGGCUGAAAAGAUGUUAAUCUAAUUA